CGCUGCGCACCGACGGGGCGGGCCAUUUCUGCGCAGCGCAGGCGAGGCUGGGAGCCCCGGAGCCUGGGUCCCUCCGGCCCGAGUCGCUGCGGGAGCGUCGCUGUCCCGGACGCUGGACAGCCCAAGGCUGGACCGCGGACAGGGCUGUUGCAGAAUUCAGUGGGGCAGAACUUCAGAAAUGAAGAAGGAGAGACAAAAAAGAAGAGCAGAGAAAGGAAGUGCAGGCUGGACCAGGCUCUCUGGUCACCAUGACAAUGGAGACAGGUCCUGAUGCUGAGGUGAAGAAAGCACAGGAAGACCCUCCACCCCAACCCCCACAGCAGCUUGAAGCCUCGGCCUCUCAGGCCCCUGCCACCGCAGCCCCCACGGGCCCUGCUGGCCAUCCUGAGGCUAAUUCCAACGAGAAGCAGGGCACCCAGCCUGAUCCCAGGCACGUGGAGCAGGGCCUCGACAUGGAGGAAAAGGAUUAUGUGGAGACCGAUGGCCUCUCUGACAGGACAACACCCAGCAAGACCCAGAAAUCUCCCCAGAAGAUCGCCAAGAAAUUUAAGAGUGCCAUUUGCCAUGUGACCCUGCUGGAUGCCUCAGAAUAUGAGUGUGAGGUGGAGAAACAUGGCCGAGGGCAGGUCCUUUUCGACAUGGUCUGUGAACACCUCAACCUCUUGGAGAAGGACUACUUUGGGCUGACCUUCUGUGACCCAGACAGCCAGAAGAACUGGCUGGACCCUUCCAAGGAAAUCAAGAAACAGAUACGUAGUGGCCCCUGGAAUUUUGCCUUCACAGUCAAAUUCUAUCCUCCAGAUCCAGCCCAGCUCACAGAAGACAUCACAAGAUACUACCUGUGCCUGCAGCUGAGGGCAGACAUCAUCACCGGCCGGCUACCCUGCUCCUUUGUCACACACGCGUUGCUGGGCUCCUAUGCCGUUCAGGCUGAGCUGGGAGACUUUGAUGCCGAGGAACACGUGGGUAACUAUGUCAGCGAGCUCCGCUUUGCCCCCAACCAGACCAAAGAGCUGGAGGAGAGAAUCAUGGAACUGCACAAGACUUACAGGGGCAUGACUCCCGGAGAAGCUGAAAUCCACUUCCUUGAGAAUGCCAAGAAGCUGUCCAUGUACGGAGUGGACCUACAUCAUGCCAAGGACUCAGAAGGUAUUGACAUCAUGCUCGGAGUCUGUGCUAAUGGCCUGCUGAUCUACAGAGACCGUCUGCGAAUUAACCGAUUUGCCUGGCCCAAGAUCCUUAAGAUUUCCUAUAAAAGAAGUAAUUUCUACAUCAAGAUACGUCCAGGGGAGUAUGAGCAGUUUGAGAGUACCAUUGGCUUUAAGCUCCCUAAUCACCGGUCAGCGAAGAGGCUUUGGAAGGUCUGCAUUGAGCAUCACACAUUCUUCAGGCUGGUGUCUCCUGAACCCCCACCCAAGGGCUUCCUGGUGAUGGGCUCCAAGUUCCGCUACAGUGGGAGGACACAGGCACAGACCCGGCAGGCCAGUGCCCUCAUUGACAGGCCUGCACCCUUCUUUGAACGUUCCUCCAGCAAACGGUACACCAUGUCCCGAAGCCUCGAUGGAGCAGAAUUUUCUCGACCAGCCUCUGUCAGUGAGAAUCAUGAUGUGGGGUCAGAGGCUGAGAAGUCUGAAGAAGACAGAGACUAUGGUGGUGGGAGGAGAAAGUCAGAGACGGAGGAAGGAGAGCUCCGGACCCCCACCAAGAUCAAAGAACUGAAGCCGGAGCAGGAAACCACGCCGAGGCACAAGCAGGAGUUCUUAGAUAAACCAGAGGAUGUACUGCUGAAGCACCAGGCCAGCAUCAAUGAACUCAAGAGGACACUGAAGGAGCCCAAUAGCAAAUUGAUCCAUAGGGAUCGUGACUGGGAACGUGAGCGGAGGCUGCCUUCCUCACCAGCAUCAUCAUCCCCCAAGCAUGAAGAAGGAACCCCUAAAGGGACCCCUGAGAAAGCUAAUGAGAGCCAGAGAACAGAGGACGCCUCCCAGCUGGAGCCGGGAAUUGCCUUAGGCUUGGAGUCAUUCAUCCAGAAAAGUCUUGCGUCGUCUCCUGAGGGUUCGGAGCACUGGGUGUUUAUAGAGAGAGAGUGCUCUCAGCCUGAAGAGCUUGUGCUCAGGAGGCUGAGUGCCCCACAGCCAGAGGAACCCCCAGCCACAGUCACAUCAGAUGACCUCUCCAGCAAGGGGAUCUCCAAGGUGGAUGUCCGAGUGGAUAAGUUCAGAGUUGAAGUGGCCACUGAAGAAUUAGUCAGAAUGAAGGGGCAAGGGGAGACCUGCCAGAGAGGAAGGAUGAUUGCGAGUCCUGAGGACUUUGAGUCUGUGUGGGAAGAUGGCGUGUGGGCUCAGGAAGGCCAAGAAAGGACUUCACUCUUGGCUGGUCAUGCACUAGUGGAGAAAAUCCCAGAUACCUCCCAGCCCAGGCUCAACAGCAGGGAGGCAGCCAUUGGGGAACACAGAGCCUCAGCCAACCAGCUUGAGGGACAAAUGGAACUCAGAAAGGAGCUAGAAGAAUUCCAUGCCUACAGACAAUCUUUGGUAGCAGGGCCACAGACUCAACAGGAAGUGCCUGCAAUGAAACCUUCGGACCCCCGUUCUGAAUCUCCAGCCUUGGAGAAGGAAGGUAUGAAAGCCUCUCCAGGGGACUCAACCAGAGCAGAUUCCAGUGAUGAGACAGAGACCUCCCCAGCAGAAAGGAGCUUCUACUUAAGUUUUGCAGGCAAAGAACAAGAAGAACAGGCCUCCUUUGUCCCUGAAGAGGGAAAGGUAGCAAAUCUGGGUGCCAUUCAGGAAGAUCAGAAAGGCCAAGUGGAAUUGGAAGGCGAGUCAACAGUGGCUCCUGAGCUUAAUUCUUCAAACCAAGCAGUCUCAAGUCUUGGCAGUAAUACUUGUAUAUCUUCAGAAGGAGAUGAGCCCCCAUCCAUAGAUGUAGGAUUAGAUGAACUCAAAGUCCUUUUAGAACAGCUGAGUAAGAAAACAUCCCUAAAUCAUCAACCAGCUAGCAAUGAGCAGAGCUCUUGUGAGAGGAAAGGAGAGUUUCCUGACGUGACACGUGGCAAAUAUGUAGAGGAAGAAGUGCCUGGGACAGGAAAUUCUAUAGGAAAGGCUCAAAAGAGCCCCCCAGAUGACUUAGAGAACGAUUUACCAAGCAAAGGAGAAAGAAGGGAGUUCCCAAACACAGGUCCAAGGAGGGUCCUUCAAGGAGGUGUGAAUGAACCAGGCAGACAAAGGGAGGACCGUUUUCUGUUCCAAGAGAGAAGGUCAUUUCAUGCUUUAGAGGGAGACCCUGAGCUGAAUGAAAAUCAAGCCUCUACAAUAUUUCUUCAAAUGGAAGGGAUCAUGAUGAAUGACCCUGCCCUGGCUUCCCCAGGGAAUUCUGAGGCCUCAGCAGCUUGGGAAGAUAGUACAGACCCACCCCCUCCAGAACGAGAGCAGUGGUACAACGAUGGGCCCUCUGACACAGAACAUCCCAUCGUCUUUCCAAAGACUUUCCGUUUUCCGAAGGGAAGUCUGGGGACCAAGGAGUCAGUAGUCCCUGAGGUAGUUAAGACAGAAGAGCUGCCCACUACCAGUGAGAAACCAAAAGAUGGAGCCAAGCAGACCAAAGCAGCAGGAGGCCUGGUGCUCACUGCCUUGGGAAGGGAACCCAAGCAGGGGAUAUCUUUCCAAGCUAGUGGUCAUGAGGGCUCCCAGGAAGAUAUCAGCAAGACCUCUGUGGCCAAUAAAAUUAAGAUAUUUGAACGAGGUGACACUCAUGGUGCAGAUAACCUCUGGACAAAUGUAGGUGAUUUCAGGGCCCUUCCAAGUGAGCAAUCAUCUGAACCCUUCCCAGGGCAAGUGGAACAGCAGCGUAACAAACUCUUGGAGCUAGGUUUUGUUCAGCUUCAUCCCCCCAAUAAUCUCUCUAGCCCCAAAGCCACAGAGCCUACCGGCUCGGCAUCAGAUACCAGUCACUUCAUGACUAAACCUGGAACAUCUGCAGAUCCUGUCAGAGCUGUGCUCAUUGCCACCGAGCUGCAGCAGGAAAGGGAUGAAGAGCUGAAACGUGCAUCCGUGGAUUCUGGCUCCAAGGCCGUAUUGGCAGAAGCCAGGAGCAAAACUCGGGAACCAGCUCGGGAAGAGAAGGACUUGUCAGGCUCAGCAGCUAAAGUUGUUCCAAAGGAGAAGAGCCGUUCAGCUGGGCCCCAGGCUGCCCAGAGAGCGGGGCUGAGGGAGGGCUCAGAAGAGAAAGUCAAACCCCCACGUCCUAAGGCCCCAGAGAGCGACCCAGGAGAUGAGGACCAGGACCAGGAGCGGGACUCAGUCUUCCUGAAAGACAACCACCUAGCCAUCGAACGCAAGUGUUCCAGCAUCACCGUCAGCUCCACAUCCAGUCUGGAGGCAGAGGUGGACUUCACGGUGAUUGGUGACUACCAUGGGACUGCCUUUGAGGACUUCUCCCGUAGUCUGCCUGAACUUGACCGAGAUCGGAGUGACUCGGAGGCCGAGGGGCCAGUAUUCCCACGAGACCUUGACAAGGCAGCCCCCAUCCAGGAUGAAGAGUCUAAGGCAGUGAGUGAAGCCUCAGAACGAGGGAUCUACCCCGCCUCUGACAUGCCCCACUUUGAGCCUGUGAAGACUGAGACAAUGACUGUCAGCAGCAUGGCGAUCAGAAAGAAGAUUGAGCCUGAGGCCGUAUUGCAGGCUAGAGUCAGUACCAUGGAAACAGCCCAGCAGGUGGAUGGGGGCACAACUGGGGGGAAAGAGAUGAUAUCAGCUUCCCACUCUGUCACCACGGAAACCACCUGCAUUACCAUGGAGAACAGUCUGAAGUCUGGGAAGGGAGCAGCAGCCAUGAUUCCAGGCCCGCAGACGGUGGCAACAGAAAUCCGUUCUCUUUCUCCGAUCAUCGGGAAAGAUGUCUUCGCUGGUGCCUAUGGGGCCACCGCAGAAACCCUGUCUACUUCCACUACCACCCAUGUUACCAAAACUGUGAAAGGAGGAUUUUCUGAGACCAGGAUAGAGAAACGCAUCAUCAUCACGGGAGAUGAAGACGUAGAUCAAGACCAGGCAUUGGCUUUGGCCAUCAAGGAAGCCAAACUGCAACACCCAGACAUGCUGGUAACCAAAGCCGUUGUAUACAGAGAAACAGACCCAUCUCCCGAAGAAAGGGACAAGAAGCCACAGGAAUCUUGACCCCUGUGCAAAGAAGUUGGCAUCUCUAUUCAAACCAACUUGGAGAGCAGUUGAGGAGAGGGCCUUCACACUGGAUUCCGAGACUAGACACAGACCACCCAGCUGCAAUGUUCCGUCCCUGCUGAGAGACUACAAAGGAAGAGCAUAUAUAUGUAUAGAUAUAUAUAAGUAUAUAUAUAUAUAUAUAUAUACACACACACACACAGCAAACAGAACACAGCCUUGCACUGCUAUGGAAGUUGGGGGGAAAGAAAUCAAACCAACGGCUAAAGCAAACCAACCACCCACCUACGUUCGCCUUUGCAGACAAAAAAAAAUUGAUGGGAUUUUGAAGGAAAAAAAUACUACCAUGAUAAAGAGAAAUCAAAGCCAGACCCCUCGUGACAUCGCAGCUGCCCAGCAAGCUGCGAGCUCUGCGUAUCCCAUCUCGCGAGGACUCAUGUGUGAUCUGCUCCUUCUUUUCCAACAUUCAUCACCCAUGUGUAUGAGGGGAAAUGCUUUGCAACAAAGCAGGUGUCAUAGAAGCUCCAACAAGAAAAAUGUCUGAAAGAAGGAAAGAAGAUCCCCACUGGCAAAAGGAAGGAGUUCUUUCUUUCUGGGCCUGACACUGGGCUCUGUGGCUAGUAUUCAUACCCCUCUCUCCUCCCUCUCCCAAACUCAUGCUAGUCUUGACGUACUCUCUCACCACCACUGCCCCCCUCUCUUCCUCUCUCCUCUCCUUGUCGCCCCCUCACCUCCUGUGUUUCACCCAGGGCUGCCCAGGGAAUUGUAGGCAACUCAUCAUUGGAAGCAAAGAAUACUGGAGAGACAAAUCCGAAGAGAGGAAAAGUGGACGCUGCAUGUCUGUGGCUUCUCACUACAAUGGUGCAGCCCAUCUGGGGGAUUCAUACGGAUGUGCUUUUAAGUUAUGUAUAUUAUAUAUAACAGGGAAAAAUAUUAAAAUGAACAGUGCUGGUAAGUAUGAUGCCGAAGUUUUUAAAUUAUAAUUCUUUGGUUGAUAUAUUCUGAGGUUCUUAGAUCACACUGAAAUCCCCCCCCCCCGCCCAAGAGGCCUAGAGUCUGUGUGCAGGUUCUGUCUCGGUGGCCAAAGGGAUUGGUGUCGUGAAACAAUGUGUGGUGUUCGUCUUUGGUGGGUUGGUGGAUAGCGAGGGGGCAGGUCCUGGGGUGUAGAGGCAGGGGUUUGGCAAGAAGGCAGCAGAGCCGUUGUCCAGAAUGUGCCAGUCAAAAGACCUCACUGUUCUUUGUCCUCAUCCCCACCUCACCCCUACUACCAGCCUAACUGAAUUCUAGGGAGGCCUGGUUUUUGCUUUGGGAAUGGAGGAAGAGGGCUUGGGCUUACUCACCUACCCUGGGACCUCAGACUCCUUCCCUAGGAAUAGGCUGGGGUCUGAACCCCCUUUUAAUGGCCACUUGCCUUUUCCUCCCUGACCACAUUCGUGGCUGGCCGUUGGCUCUGAUUCUAAGAGCUUGGUAGGGCUUGUCCUGGUCCUACCUCCCAGUCUUCCUAAAAUUUACAGUCUCCCUCCUCUUCAUGUGCCAAAGGAUGAGCCAGAGUGGCAGCAAGGUCUGGGGGGACCCAGACCCAGGACAAGAAUCUUCAUAGAUCGUAGAGGACUUUAAAGCUCAAUUUUGGACUUGUUCCCAAAGCCCAAGUAUGACUCAGUGACCUUGGACAAUGUAUUUAACUUCUCUGGGCCUCAGCUUUCUGAUCUAUAAAAUGAGGAGGUUGGACUAAAUCUUUAACUACCCUCCAAGCUCCAAAUUCUAUUAUGAUUCAAGCUGGGAAUAAAAAGAGACCCAGGUCAUUGGCUUCCUGGAAGAGAUUCUGGUCCUCACUACAUCUGAACUCCAAGCCCAAGGACAAUGGAGCUCCCUAAAAUGUCCACAAGGAGCCUUUGAAGGAGAACUUCAGUCCUCUUGGGCCAUACCCAUCAUUCUAUCUGGUGUCUAGGCUUUCCAUUGGAUACUGGCUGAGGCUCAGUGAAGUCAGGGCCAGGGCGGGGUGACCCCCUCCAAGUGGGCUGCCACAGGGUAGGGCAUUAGGGGAGAAAUGCCCCCACUGCACUUUAAACAUCUCCCCUCAUUCCACUCCCCAAACACAUUUAAAUUCUAUUUAUCCAAUCUUCACAGAAUCUCAGAGCUGGUAAAGAUCUCAGAGGUGACCGAGUAUUAACCCUGGCCUGAAUGGGAACCCCUUCUUCAUCCUCCCUGACAAAUAGGAGUAGCAUGAGAGACAGGGCAGUGCCAUGGCCACUUCCCUUUGGGGUUAUCCAGGUCUGAGUAAAUUCCUUCUACUCCCAACUGUAGCCAAGAGGUGCUGGGUGUGCUUCCUUUCUUAGCUUACUUUAGAUCCCAGGUCUUUACACCUGCUCUAUCCUUAAGCACUCUAGGUGAGAUAAGAGAUCAGAGUGCUGUAAGAGUCCUUAGGUCCCACAGAGAGGAGGUGUGAAAGAGCCCUUUGUGGUCCAGACCACCCCAUUCCCAAGAAAUGACCCCGGCCCAAGCUACCUGUCUCAGGUUUUAAAGACUCCCACAGGCCCUGAGCCUCCCAUAUGUGUGUUCAGUGAUUACUCUUUCUGGAGGGGCUCUAGGGUGCAUGUGAUCACUGGGAGUUACAGGGUGAGUCCAUUCACUGGAGAGUUCCACCCUUUCUUUCCUUAAAGAGGUGGG